ACAAUAUACCGUAGUUGGUCGACCUGGUCACACUGUGCCGGAAUGUCAAUCAAAUGAAAACAAAAAAAGAAGCGGCGUGAAAAAAACUCAAAAUCUACUCAAAAUCAAUUUUAAACACAAUUUAAAUGCUGUGAAAAGGCGGCGCAGCAGCACCAUAGCAAAGCAAGUGUCGCCAAAAGCGGAAACGGCAAGCUGGAGACGCACUUUAUGGCCAAAAUGGGGAAGUGGAUGACCCCCGAAGAGGAGGCACGCCAAAAGUUCAUCAUGCGGGAACGGGAUCGCGAGCGGAAGCGCAUCAAGCGCAUGAAUCCCGAGUACCGCCAGAUGGAGAGAGAGCGGGACCGAUUCCGCAAGCAGACGCCAAGGCCCAGUUUGAUGACACCCGAGGAGGAGGCGCGCCACAAGUUCAUCAUGCGCGAGCGGGAUCGCGAAAGAAAGCGCAUCAAGCGCAUGAAUCCCGAAUAUCGGCGAAUGGAGCGCGAACGCGACCGAUUUCGCAAGAAGGCACGACGCUCGAACUUGACCCCCGAGGAGGAGCUGCGGCUGAAAAUGAUACAGCGGGAGAGAGAUCGCGAGAGGAAGCGCAUCAAGCGCAUGAAUCCCGAGUACCGGCGGCUGGAGCAGGAGCGCGAUCGGGACAGAAAGAAGGCGCGGAGGGCGAACGAGGCCUUCCGGCAGCUCGAGAAGCUGCGCGACAAGAUACGCAAGGACCGCAAGAAGGGACUCCUGGUGACCGAUCCCUCACAGCUCCCGCCCGAAUUCGCGGCCAUACUACCGCCAGUGCCUGUUGUCAAGCCCGAGGUUGGUCUGCCGCCAACCUCCCAGGGCCAGCAACAACAACAACAACAGCAGCUGCAGCAGCAACAGCAACAGCAGCCGCCACCCUCGCAUCUCCAGGAGCAGCAGCACCACCAGCUGCCGCACCAGCGGGGCCGCAACAUGUCGCAUGCGACGUCCGCGGCGAGCACUCUCACCCAGCUGACGCCGCCGGCCCACGCGACGCCCACGCACUUGCAGCAGCUCAACAAGCUGCAGCAGCUGUAUCCGCCGCGGUCGUUCGCGCACCCCGCCUUGCCCAUCACCAGCGUCACGCUGAUGCCGCAACUGUGCCACCCCAUUCUCCACCAGAAUCUGAGUGCCACGCUGUAUGCGGGCCCGAACGGCAUCAAGCAGGAGUACGGCCAAGAUGUGUCCGCCUCGGCCAUGGCCGCUGCCCAGGCGGCUGCUCUGGCAUCGCUACGGGGCCAGCAGCACACGCAGGACGAUCAGGAUAUGGCUCUCAACCUGGAGCCGGAGAUCAUACUGCAGACAGCGCCCGAUGUGAAUCCCGCCCAGCCACAGCAGCACCACUUCACUGCCCACCAGCAGCAGCAACAGCAGCAGCAGCACCAUCUCCAGCAGCAACAGCAGCAGCAGCAGCACUGCAACAUGUUCCAGCACAUGGCACCGCAGGCCCAUAUGCAGCACAUGAGAUCGGCGGCGCUGCCUCCGCCGCCACCCUCUGUGGCACUGCCGCCACCGCCACCACCAGCCACACAUCAGCAGCCACCGCCUCAACAGUUGCAGCAUCCGCAGCAGUGAAAGAUUCUCGCCUUUAGUUUUUAAGCUCAACGCUAGCCAGCUAAUCACAUUUCACACGUUCAUGUGCGCCUACAGUGGGUCUGGAAAGUGCCUCCACACCGGAAAAAGGUUCAACGCAAUGCCCACUCGGAACCCACUGUGCUUAGAGUUGUGAUUAAAUUGUUUUUGUGAUUCCUA